GCCAGUUUCCGGUCAGGAGCGUGCUUCGAGAGGAAACCACCAGCACGGACCAGAUCUAAAGACCAGAUCAAUCGCACGCGCACGGAAAAAAUAGAGCGAACGACACGGUCGAGCUCAACAACGGCAACAGAAGAGAGGGGAGACCAUGCAGGCCGACGGCGAGGUGCUGUUCCUGGGCGGCGUCGGAGAGGUCACCGUCACCCUCGGCCACGACGGCCUCUCCUUCCUCCCUCUCCACCCGGAAUUGGGUUCUUCAUGUUGGUCAUCUAUCGGACUACUACCAAAAUUGGAGAACAAAAUCAAGUUUUUGGAUGUUUAUGCUGUGGAGCUUCUUGAUGAAGGUCCUGUAUGUGGACCUUGGAAUACAAGAAUUGUCGUCCAAGGCAAGAAAAAUACUGAGAUGCACCGGUUUGCCGUACAUGUAAUCACCAGGUCAAGAAAACACCCUUCUCAGUGGGUACCUUGUGAAUAUCUUUUUGGACACAAAGACCCGGAGACCUGCAAAAGCUGGGCUGAGCAUCUCAGUGCAUGCAUAAAUAAUGAACAGGACAGGCCAAAGAACCUGAUGGUAUUUGUCCAUCCACUGUGUGGAAAAGGUAGAGGUUGCAAAAAUUGGGAAAUGGUAGCUCCGUUAUUUGACCAGGCGAAAGUAAAUACAAAGGUGAUAAUCACCGAGAGAGCAGGACAUGCAUAUGACACCUUAGCAUCAAUAUCAGAUAAAGAGCUCAAGAAAUUUGAUGGUGUUGUUGCAGUGGGUGGUGAUGGUUUAUUUAAUGAAAUCCUGAAUGGGCUACUAAAUUCGAGGAAUAAGACUUCUUAUCCUCCAACUCCAGAGGGCUUUGGAUAUUUUGAAAGCACUGAGAAAUGCCAAGGGUAUAGGAACGAUGGGCUAAACAACAGUACACCCACAUCCGAUGCUGUAAAUGCCAUGCUCCCUGUGGGUUCCAACAAUUGUGAUGAUCAUGAACCUCUUCUUUCGACUGGGCAAUCUGUUGGAUUAGGCAUCUCAUCAUUAAAUCCAAAUACAGACUCAUCCAGUGGAGAUCAAGUGCCCUUAGUCUCCUUCCCAAAUGAUUGGUUUAGGCUUGGCAUAAUUCCUUCUGGCUCAACAGAUGCUAUUGUACUCAGCACAACUGGGGAACGAGAUGCUGUGACUUCUGCCCUGCUAAUUAUCCUUGGUAGAAGGAUGUCGCUUGAUAUAGCUCAAGUAGUCAGGUGGAAGAGUAGCCCAUCAGCUGAGGUCUUACCUACCGUACGCUAUGCGGCUUCAUUUGCAGGAUAUGGAUUUUAUGGAGAAGUCAUAAGGGAGAGUGAAAACUACCGAUGGAUGGGGCCCGCACGUUAUGAUUUUUCUGGAACUAUGGUCUUUCUGAAGCACAGAUCUUAUGAUGCAAAAGUGGCCUUUCUUGAGAAUGAGAACUCUCUUUCACUUGCUGCAUCAGCAGAGAAUGUUGCAGAUGAAGUACAACCACUACAAUCACGUAGAAAAAGACCUCGUAAAAUAAUUUGCCGAGCAAAUUGUUCUGUAUGCAAAGAAAAUUCAAUGCCCGAACAAAAUUCAGAAGAUGAGAUUCCAAACAGCUCCCAAACUAUUUAUGACAACCCAAAAUGGGUCUGGUCCGAGGGGCAUUUUCUCAGUGUCGGUGCAGCUGUCAUUUCAUGUCGCAAUGAAAGAGCCCCUGAUGGCCUAGUGGCUGAAGCACACCUCUCAGAUGGUUUUCUUCAUCUUCUGCUCAUUAGAGAUUGCCCUCUUCCGUUAUACUUAUGGCAUCUGACACAAUUUACUAAGAAGGGAUCGGACCCCCUAACCUUCAACUUUGUUGAACAUCAUAAGACGCGAGCAUUUACCUUCAUUUCAUCACACAACGAAAGUGUAUGGAACUUGGAUGGCGAGCUUUUUCAGGCCUGCGAAGUGUCUGUUCAAGCUUGCCGCGGCCUUGUUAACCUCUUCGCGUCAGGGCCAGAGGUGUAGCAAUGCCCCAUAAGUAACAGCCUCCCCUCCCUUUUUCGCAAAGGGAAGACACCAGCAUAGCUAAUGUUGUAGAGUUGUAGAAGAACCUCAUGUAGAUAUGGAAACCGCGGCCUCGUACCACGCAAUAAAGAACCGGGCAUUGUUUCCUUUGAUGAUGUCCAAGGAAGGAAGAGCUACAGAUUGUGCUAAAAGAACCGAUGAAUUUCAUGUGUCGCAACGCUGCAAAAUUUGCAUUGCCCACACGAUUGAUCUGGUGUUUGCAGGAAGCUAAGUAGACAUGUUCGCUGUAACCCAACAACACUUGCCCGUUGAAUUUAUUUUUUUGAAUCGAACGGCAGGUGCUCUGCCUUUUCAUUAAA